AUGCAACACAUUGACCGCGUGUUUUUUGAUGUUUCCGUGAAAGAUAAACCUCUCGGAAGAAUGGUCGUGAAGCUCUUUACGGACAAGUGCCCAAAUAUUUGUAAAAACUUGAUCACGUUAUGUGCAAAUACUGUUCCAGAACCUUCAUACAAAAAUACAAAAGUAUUCCGAAUCAUAAAAAAGAUGAUGAUACAAGCUGGUGACUACGAAUUCAACACUGGAGAGGGAGGGAAGCAAUUGUUUGACUUUGACGUAGCAACGGAAUAUCAUAGUCAUCCUUGUGACACAUCCUAUUUGAUGUGUAUCGAAAAAGAAUGUUCACGAAAAAACUCAUCGCAAUUCCUCUUCACAACCUCUAAUUUGUCUUAUAUGAAAGAAAAAUUUAUUGUGGUUGGGGAGAUCGUCAAAGGAAAAUCGAUCCUUAAUAGGAUAGAGAGAGGAGUUCCAACAGUGGAUUCUACUGGACAACCAACCAUGGAUGUUGUUUUCACUGAUUGUGGUGCUUUGCAGGAAGGUGAGGAUGAUGGUGUGCUUGACAAAUCAUGCGUGGAAGAAGGCGAUAUUUACCCUCAGUACCCAACUGACGAAGAAGAAAGUGAAUCCCUUCAAAAAAAGCUGGAAAUUGCUGAAAAAUUGAAAAAUUUGGGCAACAACUUUUUCAAACAAAACGAUUUGAAAAAAGCUUUAGAGAAGUACGAAAAAGCAUUUAGAUAUCUUGCUCCUGGAUUGAGAGACGAUAGUGAGCGUAAACUUUUAGAGGAAAAGGAAAUAAUUUUACUUGGUAACAUUGCAGCAGUCAAGAUUAAACAAGAAGAGCAUGCUGCAGUGAUUGAACUCUGUUGCAAAAUUCUUCAGCUGGUGGAAUAUCAUACGGACAUGGAAGGCAUUCAUGUUAUUGAGACCAAGGCCAAAUUCAGAAGAGGUGUUUCAUAUUUCAACAGAGGUGACUGGCUGAACAGUUAUGUGGACUUUUCAGAUUUGAUAGAAAAAAAUCCAAGUAACAAGGAAAUUGAAUCGUGGCUUUUAAAAGCAAAAGUUGAACUUGAAAGGUAUGAGAAAAAAGAAAAACAAACCUAUUCCAAGCUAUUUCAAGACGUUGAAUAA